AGGCUACUCUAGACGUGGCAGUGGCAAGCAGACACAAUGAGACAAAAACAUCUAGCCACUGGAUUCCCGAAAACAUUCCUCUACCUUGGGUGCCACGUUAAAAUGCCAGGAACCAGAGAGGAUACACCGAAAGGAUGGUUUUCCUGGAAAGCGGUGGCGAGCAGAGACAUCAAAAGGCAAGUGAUCUUCUUUAUUCUCUGUGUAUGCGUGUGUCAGACUGGCUCUGAAACCCUCCGCUAUUCUCUGGCAGAGGAAAUGGAGAGGGACGCCUUUGUUGCCGAUGUCGCAAAGGAUCUGGGGGUUUCUCUCAGCCAGCUCGCUGCUCGCAAGGCCCGAGUGGUCUCCGAGGGGAACGAGCAGUAUUUCCGACUGAAUCAGAACACGGGAGUCCUGACAGUAAAGGAAACCCUAGACAGAGAGGAGAUCUGUCCGCAGAGUGAUGUCUGUACACUCUUCUUUAAGGUAUUCUUUGAAAAUCCUUUGCAAUUGAUCCGAGGGGAGGUGGAGGUUCUUGAUGUGAACGACAAUUCUCCCAUAUUCCCGGAAAAGGAGAUGGUUUUAGAGAUUUCCGAAACGUUAUCUUCUGGGUCGCGUUUGCCUCUGGAGAGUGCUCUGGACAAGGACGUGGGGAGUAACAGCCUGCAGAAUUACAGCCUCGAGACCAAUUCGUAUUUCUCCCUGAAUCUCGGGACCGGGAAGGAUGGGGGGAAAUACCCAGAACUGAUAUUACAGCGGCAACUGGACCGUGAAGACCAACCGGAGAUUAAUUUGCUUCUCAUCGCCACCGACGGGGGCUCGCCGCCCAGGACAGGAACGGCUCAGGUCCGGAUCGUGGUGGUGGAUGCCAAUGAUAACAUCCCUGUCUUCGGUAGGGAGAUCUAUGAGGUACGCCUGGCCGAGAACAGCCCGCCGGAGCAGCUGGUGGUUAGAGUCGUGGCYGAGGAUCCUGAUGAAGGGGCGUAUGGCAAAGUGAGAUAUGCCUUCACCCAGACUUCAGAGCGAUCUCGACAGCUCUUUCAGAUGAACACUGACACCGGUGAAAUACGGCUAUCGGGCAGUCUGGACUUCGAGGAAGCAAAAAAACAUGAGAUGGUGGUGAGAGGCAUGGAUGGCGGGGGUCUGUAUGCACACUGCAAAGUGCRCGUGGAGGUCCUGGACGUGAAUGACAACGUUCCGGAGAUAGCGCUAACCUCCAUCUCCGCGUCCAUUUCCGAGGAUGCCCCUCCCCGGACUGUGGUGGCCCUGUUCAGAGUGCGGGACCGAGACUCCGGRGACAACGGGAGGACGGAGUGUGCGAUCGACGGGGCGUUGCCCUUCAGUCUCACACCCACUUUCGAUAACUACUAUGAGCUACGGACAGAAGCGGCCCUGGACAGGGAGAGGACACCGGAGUACAAURUCACUAUCACAGCCAUGGACUGGGGCACACCGCGGCUUACUUCUCAGGAAAGAAUUUCCGUGCAGAUAUCCGAUGUGAACGACAAUCCCCCGGAGUUCACGAAGACCAUUUAUACGAUGUCAGUGAAAGAGAACAACAACCACAUGCUCCGUAUUGGCAGUGUGAACGCGACGGACGCCGACGAGGGGGAAAACGCCCGCGUGAGCUACGCGCUGGUGCCGGAGCAGGGGAAGAAGCCCAACGUGUCACUCAACUCUGAGAACGGGGAAAUUUAUAUCCUUCGCCCACUGGACUACGAGGAGGUGCGCGCCUUCCAGGUGGCCGUGAGCGCCACCGACGGCGGCUCGCCGCCGUUGAGCGCCCAGGCUGUGGUGCGCGUGGAAGUUCGCGACGAGAACGACAAUGCGCCCGUGGUGCUGCACCCGCUGCCCAACAGCAACGCGAAGGCGGGAGAGCUGGUGCCGAGACAUGCGCCGGCCGGCUAUCUGGUGACCAAGGUGGUGGCGGUGGACGCGGACUCGGGGCAGAACGCGUGGCUGUUCUACGAACUGGCCAAGGCCACGGAGCCGGGGCUGUUCCGCGUGGGGCUGCACAGCGGCGAGGUGCGCACGGCGAGGGCCGUGUCGGAGCGGGACGCGGCGAAGCAGAGACUCGUGGUGCUUGUGCGGGACAGUGGGCAGCCGCCGCGCUCUUCCAGUGUCACCCUCAGCCUCACUCUGGUCGAGGGCUUUUCCGARGCCCACCUGCGGGUCAGUGAGGAGGCGCCCACCGCCGAUGUUGAGACAUCGCUGACGUUCUACCUCAUCGUCUGCUUAUCCUCCGUGUCAGCACUGUUCCUGAUCACCUUGAUAGCCAUCGUGGUUGUGAAGGUGCGGCGGGUCAGGAGGAUGGAGGUGGAGACCGGACUCGCUUUCCCGAAGAUUACUGAGGAAAGCAACUCCAACUCCGUACCCCACAGCUACUUGUAUGACGUCUGCUUCGCUGCCGGGACUGUCAACAGCGAGUUCCGAUUCCUCAGGCCCCUCUUUCCCUGUUUCCCCUCCGGACUUCCCGCCGGCCCGGGAGACCAGCGGAGCUCGGUGUGUUCGCAAGACGUGACCAACCUCGGGGAACCAGGCGAUUGGGCAGCACAGGACAGAGCUUCCCUCUCUGAAGACAUGGGUCCCAGGCCCGUGGAAGCAGGUUGUGCUGCUAACAAGAUGAUAAGGGCGAAUGACAUUCCCGAUCAAACCCCCUGGCUCGCCCACCAGUAGAUGAGGACAAGGACAAGACCGUCUGUCCUCACCUGUUAAUGUCCUCACAGAGAAAUGAGAAUGGAGAGGUAAAUAAACAAAUAAAUAAAUAGGCACAGGUAUGCUCUGUGAGAGAGCAAGGACAUUUUUCCUUUAUGUAAUGGUUGUUCACAUAGGUAUUUUGCAACCAUGAUGUGAAUGGAGGACUGUAAAACUGUGCUGUGUGUUGAUUACACCGAAUCUUGAUGGUUGAUGGUGCUGUUGCUUCUGAAUAUUAAAAGAAAUAUGAAGARCAGAAGCAGAUUUUCA